GACCUGUGUGCCUGUGCAUCUCGUCCUCCUUUGUAUGACCUCCGCUCCUCCGCCUUGUUUGCGAAUGCUGUUCAUGCCAUAGCAUUCUCCAGAAAUGCUGAGAGAUGUCCUUGAAUGGACUGGAUGCGGCUGCGGUCGCUGAAGCGCACCAAGCGACGCUUGCUGAAGCUGGAGGAUGGUACCUCCUUCGAUAUACCAAUCGCGACACCGUCGAAUUGUUGAAAAGGGGAUCUGGCGGCGUACAGGACGUUCGCGGUGUCAUACAACAGUAUGAAGAGAAAUCGCCUUUGUAUGGCCUGGUCCAGUACCGGCGCAAAAAGAUCAUCCUCAAGUAUGUGCCAGACGGUACUUCGCGCUUGUUACAAGUCCGUCUGACCGUCCAAUUCAACACCGUCCUGGAAACGCUUGUCCCUCAUGACACCGUCUUCUCCUUUACCAAUGCCUCCGAAUUGACCGAAUCUGCCCUGGGCAUGUGCACCAUGUUACUCGCCUCAGCCGGUUCUCUAACAUCAUCGAGUUCCUCUCUACGAAAACGAAGACUGGAUGGAAUUUCAGAGGCGGUGGAAGAGACGGGCAGUUUACAGGCAGACCACGACGACCACCCAGCAAAAGUCAAGGAAGUCAGUGUGAUCGAGUCGCAAGAGCCUGAAGUGAGGGUCUAUGGCAGGCGUGAGUUGGAUGAACUUCCUGCCAGUGCCGUCCUGGCAAAAGCUCUUCUGGCAAAGCGAAAAGAAGCAGCUGCCGACGCUGAGGCUGCCAACUUGAAUGAUACCGACCUGGUCGCUCCCGCCGUCAAUGGACCCAACACAUUGGCCGUCCCAGAUCCGACUGCUCAGCCUCUACGCCUCGAGGGUUUGAAUGGCCGUGGCCAGCCCUCCCCUCUGCCUGUCCCAGUCAGUCAAAACCUUCCGGCUACCCCCGAUUCGACUCCUCCAACGACCAGCUACGGUGAAGCUCCUCGACCUUUGGACUACGAGACCACCAAUAACAUUCUGCUCGAGUCCUCAGCCGUUGAUCACACCGAGUCACUCCCUGACACUCUCCCUCAUACCCGCCAUUUGUCCGCCGCCGAGUCGGAUAGUAUCACUCAGUGGAGCAGCAAUGUUGCCUCCCUCACUUCUCAUACCACCAAGAAGAAGUUAGGCCCAAGACCUCACAUCGAACCGAGCCACCGGCCAAAGACCGCAGGCACCUCCAAGAGCUCGGUCAAUGUUCGCCCAGUCGCGAAUCUACCAGACAGCAUCCGUGUCUCGAAUCGAUCCGUCGUAAGCCUAUCGUUGAUGCGCCCGACUUCCCGGCAGUCAACUCGCAGCGUUCCCAGUCGCUUUCCCCCAUCCUCACAUACCAUCAAUGCCCAUCCUCCACUGCCGUCGGUACCACAUCUCAUACCGUUGUACAAAACGACAGAAAGCAGACCUGCUGCCUCUCGGCCAGGGUCCGUGGCCACAGAAGCAUCGGCAACCGCCACGCCCGAGAAAUUGAGACUCAUGAAAGCUUUGCAGUUACGGAAAAGGAACAUGUUGAUGGCUCAAAGAGCGUCUGCUUUACCUCACCUACCUACAGGCAGCAUUCAAGCCUCAACCCACUCCGAACCUCCUCCUGCUUUCCCUUCACCUGCUACAUUUCCCUCGACUCUUCCAAAUCACGACCUACUGUCAAAUAUCGAUGAAGAGUCCAAAGUGGCACAGUCUUCGUCCGCCACAUCACCCACGCUCAUGACCAAUCCAUCCGAAGACCAUUCUACGAAAGCCUCGUCGAUCACCGACACUGACGACAUUUCGAGAAAACGACGCUCAUUAUCAUCUGCAACAAGUUCUUCUGUUACACCAAAGGCUGACCUCCAUCAUGUCCAGCCAACACCAAAAACCCCAGAUUUAAUACCUUCAGGUACUGCUACAGCUGUCGUGCCCCAUGCCGAACUAGUGGGGCUGAACCAAGAACCAUCAUCGAAUAUCGAAGAGCACAAGGAACCUCCAAUAAAGACUCUAGAGACGAUCAAAGACGAGUCGCCACGAAUUCCUUCAUCCCAGCAACUCCUUCCUUUGGCGAGAACGCCUCGGGAGAGGAGUCCGCACCUUUCUGCUCCUUUUGCGGUGUCACCAGCUAGGUCGCGUCGUCCACCCGCAUUGCAGCCUCUGAAACUUUCCUCUAGUCAUGAAUUACUAGGAGUCUCGGAUGCCUCCGAAGAUGAGGCUCUCAUGGAUGAGCUGCAGUAUGCGACAGUACAUGAAGCUACGCCUGUUUCAGUCGCACGGUCCCCGGUAACUCCAGUCUUGUCCAAGGGGAGCUCGGAUCGUUUGCGAGAGAUUGUCAACAAGACAGCCAACUCCAGCUUAUAUGCGCGCAGGAGUGCUUCAACAACUCCUGAUCGAAAUCGACCCGGCAGUGUCAGAAGUACUUCGACCGCAUUACCUCAGUGGCCGCCGGUACAGGCAGAAACGGCACCUGUUCCUUUGACUAAAAAGCCGACGCUGGGUUCUGGAAUUUCCAAACGCAUCCGAGCAUUAGAGGUUUUGACCACCAAAGACACCAACGUUAGCACUCCAGUUCCCCCACGAGAGCCCAGCCAGCCAAAGUCAGGCUUUUCCACGUUUUUGAAGCGAUCCUCGCUUUCAUCAAAUCAACCCGCGCCCAACGCAUCCACAGACAUUUCUCCACCGAAGCGGCUACCCGAAGCCGUCUCUCAGUACGAAGGUAGUGUGAGCGGUUCCACACGGGGUCGUCGCCCUAAUUUGGACGAGGCUCAAACCAGUGUUCACAAAGGCGAAAGCAUUUCAGUCACUGCCAGGAUCGUACGUGAUCCGAACAAGAAGCAUCCACCCAUGUCCCCAAGUUCCAGCUAUGCGGCGCCACUACAACUGUUUCGAAGUCCGCUCAUCGUCGAACACGACAAUGGCAUGAACAAGAUGAGUCAGGAACAAUCGAUGGCGUCGCUGGGAUCUGUGACCAAAAGCCCGACCAAGUCUGAAAGAGGCCGGUUCUCGUUUUCGUCUCAUCGAUCAACAUCUCAGACCAAUCUUCUUCGGUCCGAGUCAAGCCACAGCAAGAUAUCACACGGAAACAACCCCCGGAAGAGUGCAGCUCGAUCAUUGAGUGAUACAGCAUCUUUAAAUGAUGAGAAGAAAUCGUCCAGAACCAGUCGAUUGAUGAAGAGAGUGUCGAAUUUGGCCUCGGCUCGCAAGCAGAACCAAUCGUCGCCAAAGGAGAUGAUGCAAGCAAACACAAUUCAGGAACAGAAGGAGCCUGAUAGGCGCAAUUCCGUUUCCGAGUCGCUUCUCCAAGUGGUGGACAUUGGGGACGUCAAUGUGCAAUUCCCAGAUUCCUUGCUGUGGAAACGGCGGUUCAUGCGCGUGGACGACCAAGGAUAUCUGAUCUUUUCACCGCCAGUCACGGAUGCCAACAUGAAGAGCAUUAGUCGCAAGUACCAUCUGAGUGACUUUCGAAAGCCGGCACUGCCUGACGCCGAGAGAGAGGAGAUUGCUUGGAGUAUCAUACUGGAUUUGAAAGAUGGGCGGUGUGUGCAGUGUGCUUGUGAGAACAGACAGGCACAACGACAAGUGCUUCAACUCCUCGUUGAUGCUCACAGCGCCUAUCAUCAGUUAUACGGCAAUUCGUGAUGGACAGGACUUUAUGCAAUAUCACCAGGGUCACGAAGAUUACGAAAGUACUGUCUUGGUCCAUGGAGUCUAGAGGAUUGGAGAAUUUUGACGUCAAGGAAGAUGGCAAUGGUGCAUGAAGCCAGAGGAAAUUGGGGUCGGAUCAAGGCCAUAGUUGAGGGGACUUGGGAUGUCCUCGAUGUACACAUAUCCAACUUUAGUCCAUAUUGUAAUCUUCAUUCGUGGGUGAUUAAGACGCUGAGAGCAGCUUCGGUGGAAAUGAUGUUGCAAGAAAUGCAUAACGAGUAGUACC